AUGAAUCUAACUGCCCCAGGCCCAGCAGCUCCUGCCGUUCCCCUCCGCCGCUCGCGUCGAAUUCGAAAAACCAGGGCAACCAUGCCUCCAACGAUGCCUCCUCAAAAAGAUGACAUCCAGGAUACAUGGUCGUUUUUGGAGCAGGGCAUCAACGGUGUGAUGCUUAAGUUGGAGGAAGGAGUUGAUAUGAAAACAUAUAUGGCGCUUUACACCGCCGUUCACGAUUUCUGCACAUCACAAAAGGCAGCUGGGCAUUCCGGCGGUCUUCAGGCUCACAGAGGAGCACACCUUCUCGGCGAAGAGCUCUACAACCUGCUGGGGCAAUAUUUGUCUAAACACCUGCACCACGUGUUUGAAGCUUCUGAGACCCAUACCGAAGAAGCCUUGCUAGGAUUUUAUAUCCGGGAAUGGGAUCGAUACACCACCGCCGCCAAAUAUAUCAACCAUCUUUUCCGCUACCUAAAUCGUCACUGGGUCAGGCGAGAAAUCGACGAAGGAAAGAAGAAUAUCUACGAUGUCUAUACACUUCAUCUCGUGAAGUGGCGAGAAGAUUUCUUUAAAAAUGUGCAGGAGAAAGUGAUGUCUGCGGUUCUCAACCUGGUGGAGAAACAGCGAAACGGCGACACAAUCGAGCAAUCACAAAUUAAGAGCAUUGUAGAUUCGUUCGUGUCGCUGGGUCUGGACGAGAACGACAGCACCAAAUCGACACUAGAAGUCUAUCGACAAUUCUUUGAAAAACCUUUUAUCGACGCUACUCGUGUCUACUACGAAAACGAGUCUCGACAGUUCGUGGCAGAGAACAGUGUUGUGGAAUACAUGAAGAAGGCGGAGUCUCGGUUGGAUGAAGAAAAGGCCCGUGUCGGACUUUAUCUACAUACAGAUAUCACAAAGCGCCUAACAGAGACAUGUUUGGAUGUGCUGGUCACUGCCCACUCUCCCCUCUUGCGUGAUGAAUUUCAAGUCCUCCUUGAUAACGAUCGACAAGAGGAUUUGGCUCGCAUGUACCGACUGCUAUCACGUAUCAAAGAUGGCCUCGACCCGUUGCGCUCCAAAUUUGAGAAACAUGUGCGGGAUGCAGGUCUUGCCGCAGUGCUCAAGGUUGGUGCAGAUGGUGAUAAUUUCGAGCCUAAACUGUACGUGGAUGCUCUUCUGCAAGUCCACUCGAGAUAUCAAAUGUUGGUCAAUGCUGCAUUUGCAGGUGAAUCCGAGUUUGUGCGUUCCUUGGACAAUGCCUGUCGUGAAUUUGUCAAUCGAAACUCCAUCUGCAAGACCAGCUCCUCCAAAUCUCCAGAAUUGCUGGCACGAUAUACGGACUCAUUACUCAAGAAGGGGUCGAAGGCCACGGAGGAGUCGGAACUGGAAGAGAUGCUUACACAGAUCAUGACGGUUUUCAAAUAUAUCGAAGACAAAGAUGUUUUCCAAAAAUUCUACUCCAAAAUGCUUGCCAAGCGUCUUGUUCACGUCAGCUCUGUUUCUGAUGAUGCAGAGACCAGCAUGAUUAGCAAAUUGAAAGAAGCCUGUGGUUUCGAAUAUACAAACAAAUUGCAACGCAUGUUCCAGGAUAUUCAGAUCUCCAAGGAUCUCAACGCCAGCUACCGUGAUUGGCAAGAGAAGAUUCUCGAUGAUGAAGAUCGGCGAAAGAUGGUCGACCCUCACUUUCAAAUCUUGGGUACGGGCUUCUGGCCUCUCAACCCGCCGUCGACGGAAUUCAUACCACCAACGGAAAUCGUCAAGACUGCGGAGCGAUUUCAGCACUUCUACUUUGACAAGCACAGUGGACGUAAAUUAACAUGGCUAUGGCAACUGUGCAAGGGAGAAAUGAAGGCUAAUUACAUCAAGAACACCAAAGUCCCCUAUACAUUCCAGGUGUCGACCUAUCAAAUGGGCAUUCUACUCCUCUACAACGAGCACGACUCUCUUGAAUAUGACGAAAUCCAAAAAGCGACCAAAUUAUUACCCGAGAUUCUAGAGCCGAACAUGGGUCUAUUACUGAAAGCAAAGGUUCUGCUUGCCAGUCCAGAUGGCGCGAAACCUGCCCCGGGCGUGUCAUUCACACUAAACCACAACUUCAAACACAAGAAGGUCAAGGUGAACCUCAACCUGCAGAUCAAAUCCGAGCAAAAGAACGAAGCCGAUGACACACACAAGACGAUUGAAGAGGACCGAAAACUUCUCCUUCAGUCCGCCAUCGUGCGCAUCAUGAAAUCGCGCAAGACCAUGAAACACGUCCAACUUGUACAAGAAGUCAUCCAACAAGUCAAAGCCCGUUUUCCGCCCAAAGUGCCUGAUAUCAAGAAAAACAUCGAGGCGCUGAUGGAAAAGGACUAUAUUGAACGAUUAGACAAUGACGAACUAGCCUACAUAGCAUAA